UAGCUCCUCCUCCCAGGCGGGGCAGGAGGCGGCCGGAGCGGCUCUGACAAUCCCGAGAAGCCAGUCCACUUCUGCUCUCUCUUCUCCGUACCGAGGAGGCGAAGAUCCGGGCUGCCGGAACGAGACUUCGUGCUAAAGUAGCCUCCCGCCCUGGGCCGGCCAUGGCAGCCAUCAGGAAAAAGCUGGUGAUUGUGGGAGAUGGUGCCUGUGGCAAGACAUGCCUAUUGAUUGUUUUUAGCAAGGACCAGUUCCCAGAGGUCUAUGUACCAACAGUCUUUGAAAACUACAUUGCAGAUAUUGAAGUAGAUGGGAAACAGGUGGAGCUGGCCCUCUGGGAUACAGCUGGGCAAGAGGAUUAUGACAGGUUGCGGCCUCUCUCUUAUCCUGAUACAGAUGUCAUCCUUAUGUGCUUCUCCAUUGACAGUCCAGAUAGUUUAGAGAACAUACCAGAAAAAUGGACACCUGAGGUGAAACAUUUUUGCCCAAAUGUGCCCAUCAUCCUUGUAGGCAACAAGAAGGACUUGCGGAAUGAUGAACACACACGCAGAGAGUUGACAAAGAUGAAACAGGAGCCUGUGAAGCCGGAAGAUGGCAGAGACAUGGCGAAUAGGAUCAAUGCAUUUGGCUACCUUGAAUGCUCGGCCAAGACAAAGGACGGAGUGCGGGAAGUGUUUGAAAUGGCCACCCGGGCUGCCCUGCAAGUCAGGAAGAACAAAAGGCGCAAAGGUUGCCCCCUUUUUUAGGAGAGUGUUGGCAAAAGUUGUGACUGUGCUGUCUGAAGCGUACACUUGUUUCACAGAUUGCAUGGAAGCAAGCAUGGAGUCUCGAUAGAUAUGAACAGUACAAAUUUAAUAUGAUAGCUGGCUGACUUCAGUCUCCAUUCCUCUGCACAUAAAAGGUCACCCAGGGUACUCAACAGCGGUCUUUCCUUGGGCGGUAUGUCUGUACCAGGGGUAGGCAACCUUGGCUCUUUUAUGACUCGUGGACUUCAACUCCCAGAAUUCCCAAGCCAGCAUGGCUGGCUCAGAAAUUCUGGGAGUUGAAAUCCACGAGUCAUAAACGAACCAAGGUUGCCUACCCCUGGUCUAUACCAUAAUUUUGUAUGCUUGGGAAGCCACAAGAAAUCAUUUGAAACCUUUUUGUAACGAUUUGAAUAUAGGGCCAACAGUUUAUAUGACUUAAUUCUAUACUUCUUGCUCUUUUAUACUAAUUCUAUAAUUUGGUGCUUGUAUGGAUUUUCACAGCUUUAUGUUUUCACAAAUAACAGAAGAUAGAUUUUUGGAAUUCUGCAACAUAUGAAGCUGGCCUACAUGCCAAUGUUUGCCAGUCCCCCUCCACAACCGGAAAAGCAAGGGGCUGCCAAAAUGUUCAUAUGAAUGUCUGGGUGGAAUUGACAUCUAUUGUGAUUAGUGUUCUCUGUUGCACUUCUGUCUGAGGGGCAUGUUUGUGUUUUGAUAUUAUAUUCUCAGUUCCUUAUUAAAUUAAUUUGAUUUUA